AUUAUGGUGAAAAUGUUCUUCACAUGGCAGCAGUUGCUGAAGAUCCUUCUUUAGUCAAGUGGCUACUGGAGAUAGGAGCUGAUUUCCAUAGAAGAUGUUACGGAAACUUCUUUACUUGCGAUGAUCAGAAAUCAAGCAGAAGGGAUAAUAAAGCAUACGAGGAGAAUGAUCUAGUCUUGGAAACUAACUAUGCUGGAUAUGUUGCCUGGGGAGAAUAUCCUUUUGCUUUUGCUGCUUGUCUAGAGCAGGAGGAGUGUUAUAGGUUGAUGUUAUCUAAGGGAGCUAACCAUGAUCUUAAGGAUACAAACGGGAAUACAGUGGCACAUGUUCUAGUGGUUUUCGAUCUAAUGAGAAUGUGGGAUAUGGUUGUAGAGUGCGGGGCAGCAAUCAAUAUUGAGAAUAAAGCUGGGUUGACCCCUCUAACCCUUGCAGCCUAUCUAGCCAGGAUGGAUAUGUUCUUUCAUAUUUGCAGUGUGGAGAGAGAAAUAUACUGGCAAUUAGGGAAUGUGACAUGUUCUGCUUACCCUCUGGAAUAUUUGGACACAAUCCACUCUGAAACCGGAGAACUGCAGCAAAAAUCUGCGCUCAAUCUGAUCGUGUUUGGACCAUUGCUUGAACACCUGGAUCUAAUCGAAUAUGUUAUAGUUGAUCUUCUUCAGGCAAAAUGGAAUUCAUUCAUAAGAAAAAGUUUCUUCAGACAAUUCUUUGCUUUUUUUGUCUACUUCUGUAUCUCAACGGUUGCCUUCACUCUAAGACCCACCCAGACUUUUAUGGGACCCUGUCCAGCGAACACCACUAACGGAACACUGGAGACAAAUAUUACAUUUGCAUCCUUGUUUAACACUACUCUAGAGGCAACUAAUCUUUCAACACUAAAGUCAAUGGUGUCAAGCACAACCUCAGGAUCAACAAUUCAGACAUUUUCUACUCAAGAAAAUUCGACUGAACUAGAUGUAGAAGAAUUAAUUGAGUUGGGGGAACUAGAAUGGAACAAUCGAUCUGAUUUCUCAGCACUUUUAGAUCUAUCUAACUCUAGUCUAAUUUCUCUCAGAUCAAAUUUAACAAAUUCAACAGAAGGUCAGUUGUGCAAGAUCCCAGAAGACCAGCUUGAAACCUGUUAUCUACUUAAAUAUGAAACAAUUCAGGAACAAAUUAGGAUUGGAGCUGAAAUUCUACUGGUGGUCUGGAGUUUUAUAUAUUUGGUCAUAGCAAUCAGAGAGCGUAUGUUUCUUGGUAAACAGAUCUUCAAGGAAAAUAUGAUUCUUUGCCCUUCUCGAGUACUUUUCCUGGCAGCUUGCUUUAUGGUAUUAGUGAGUGUUCCUUUAAGGUUAUUUUGCAUAUGCGGACUAGAGGAUUCCUUGGCUAUUGCAAUCAUGACAUGUACUGGACCCUACUUCCUCUUCUUUUGUCGAGGAUUUAAACUGGUUGGUCCUAUGGUUAUCAUGGUCUACAGGAUGCUAGCUCAGGACAUUGUCCGCUUCGGGUCCGUGUUCUUCAUUUUUGUCAUGGGAUUUUCUCAGGCCUAUUAUAUUGUGUUUCAAAGCUACAAAAACUCAGAGGAGCCUCAUCCAAUGCCUAAUGCAGUUGAAUCUAUUCUAGCUGUUUUCUUAAUGUCGUUAGGGGAUACUGGAUUUAUCUGGGAUGGAGUUCCUUUUACAAGUCACGAAUAUAUUGGAAAAAUUCACUUCUUUAUCUUCAUUAUGAUAGUUGUGAUACUACUCCUGAAUCUGUUGAUUGCUAUGAUGGGAGACACAUAUGCAAAGAUUGCGGAAAUCAAGAACGAAUGGAUGAGACAGUGGGCUAGAACAGUUCUAAUUGUGGAACGCGGAAUUCCUCCAGCGGAAAGACUUCGGCAGCAAGAUCUGUACAGUGAGAGGAACAGUGAUGGCAAAAAAUGUCUUGUCAUGAAACAGUUUCUAUCAAAAGAGAAGUUGGAAGAAAUAGAAGAAAUUAUUGAGAUGAAGAUCACUCAUAGGAAGAAUAUUGACCGUCGCCGGGAAAGGUUUGGUUAUGAAAGUGUGAGUAAGAUGGGAAUAGAUGUAGCUGGGGCAGCUGUAUUCCAGGAGGAUGGUGAUGAAGAAAAUCCAUUUGGCGACGAAGUUGGGAAAAAUGUUACUUCCUUCAAGGAUGUUGCUCCAUCAGCAGCUAGCACCUCCAUGAAAGCAGCAAAAGUUCCACUUUUCAACUAAAUAAGCUUUAAUUACAACUUUUUGUCAUGUCAAAACAAACUGAUAAUUCGUCUCUAACUUUAAUUACAUCUUUGCACUCUGAUUUUAAACCAAACAGAUUUCAAACUGUUAAUUCUGCUCAAUCAGAAAGUCAAAGUUUGAAAUAUCACAGGUUUUAAACCUGCAGGUUGCAAAGAUAUAGAGAUUACAAGAGUCUUCUGAGGCGAGUAAUCAGUUUCUUAAAUUUAAUAAUGUUUUGAAUGUCGUAUCUGAGCUGACUAUUGAAUAAAAAUCUAAAGCAUGACUUUAAAAAUCUAGCUCUUUAAAAGAUAUUUAAUAUAAAGUGACCCAGCUCCAUUUAUAGAGCGAAUUGUACGAUAAGGGAGUGGCCGGCAAUGUAUGGUGGCUGAACUGAUAUUGCAGUAUUGUGUAGACAUUUUUUAGGAUUCAUUUGAGACAUAUAAAACGUUUUAAAGAUCUAAAAUUACUGAGUUUAAUCAACUUAAAGUAGCAUUUUUGUUACAUUUUUUGUCGUCGUAAUUUAAUAAUUAAAAUAAAAACGUUUUUUUUAAACGUACCCACCCAA